AUGAACCCUCGAAAUCUUUUGAUUAUAACUCAGUUCCUCCAUAUCAACAUUUUUAUGUUUAUUUGCUGGAGAGGCGUUUCAGUUGACAAAUACUGGUCACAUAAUUUUUAUUUAAUUGGCAACUCUAUUAUUAACAGCUGCUUGAAUUUACCGUUAAACGACCCGACACAAUGUAAGUCAUGUAAAUGUUGUAAUAUAAUAAUUUUAAUAUAUUUCCUGAUAAAUAAAUCCAGGUCACUUUCAAUUGGUUGCCGAAAAAGAGAGCUUUUGCUAACCACGCCAAAGCGGAAGGAGAUUCUUAAGGAUGGCGCUCCAGGAUCUACAAGGUGUCAGUUGCUUGGACGUGGAGCUUAUGGCGCUGUUUUUAAAGCUAUUUAUCGGGAUCGUUCUGUUGCUGUAAAGAUAAUACGAUCUCAGGCGGCCUCCUCAUUACAAAAUGAAUCCCAUUUGCUGAACCUGAAGCACAGGAACAUUGUGCGUCUCCUGAAACUGGAAGCCGCGGUCAAGUUUGGCUUACUAAUCAUGGAGUUUCCAAGAGGCCAGUCGCUGCAGAAGAUUGUUGACAUUUUGGAACUGCCACUUAUACACAGAGUUCUGAUAACCCUUGAUAUUGUGGCAGCCCUGAGGCAUUGUCACUCUCACAAUGUACUGCACCUAGAUGUGAAACCGACCAAUAUCUUGGUAGCCCUAGGAGCUAGGCCUUCAGUGGCGGGUUGUAGGUUGAAGCACAGGCGUAGCUACAUCUGCAAACUCUGCGACUUUGGCUCAUCUAUGGAAAUAGGUGAAAAUUGUACCAGAGGAAGUCCUAGAGGUACCCUCAGAUACAUGUCUCCGGAAGCAUUGAGAGCUACAGUGCUAUCUGCCGCCUCCGAUAUGUACUCUCUGGGUAUCACCAUGUGGCAAUUGCAGAGUCGUAGCUUGCCUUAUCAAUCACUCGAUUGUAAUGAGACCAUUGCAUACCAGGUCGUAAAACAUGAGCUACGCCCGGAUAGCUAUGUCGAGCUGAAAGAUAUAGCCUUGAAUUCCCCCGCCAAAGAUGAUGAAAGCUACGCCGCUCAUAGACGGGAAAACGCUCGGCGUAAUCUGAGCUUCGAUCCAUCUUACACCGCCGGCCGUGAUCUGAAAAAACGACGCCGCCAAAACCGAUUAGCACUCCAUUUUGAGGGCCCGGCGCCAGAAGCGAGCACGAGUGCGUGCCUGGAAAACGCUUACACCAAACUCUACAAAAGCUGCUGGGUCAGCGCCCCGGAGUCACGUUCCAGCUCCGGUCAAAUAAAGAAUGAGCUGCAGCUCAUGCUCGGCCGUAUCUAGUUUAAGCGAUCGUGUUUGUUUGUCACCUUUUUGUACUUUUAUAUUAUUGAUUAUUAGUUAUUUACACGUAGUGU